CGCCGUCGCGGGCGCCGCCGGCCGCCGCACCGUCGACCCGUCGCCGCCGUCGCCCGCCACCCCAAUGCCGCCUCCGCUGGAGCCAACCGAGAGAGACAUGUAGUGGCAACAAUCGAUGAGAGCCCAUCCGCGGAUCUGCGUCGACUGACCGGCAAGCCACGGCGGCCAUGGGCGGCGACGUGAUGUACGACCGGUGCCUGGUCGCGCUCUACCUGCUCAGCCCGCUCACCGUGUUGGCGCUCCAGUUCGUGUCGGCGCCGUACGGGAAGCUCUCCCGGCCGGGGUGGGGCCCCGCGCUGCCGGCGCCGCUUGCCUGGUGCCUCAUGGAGAGCCCCACCCUCUGGCUCCCGCCCCUCGUCCUCUCCUCCUCCGCCGCCGCCGGCGCGGCCCUCCCGGCGGCGCUGUACGCGGCCCACUACGUGCACCGCACGCUCGUCCACCCGCUCCGGCUCCUCCGCCUCCGCCGCGCCCCGGCGCCCGUCCCGGUCCUCGUCGCCGCCUGCGGCCUCGGCUUCAACCUCCUCAACGCCUACGUCCAGGCGCGCUCCUGGGCGGCGCCACCGGCACCGCCCAGCGCCGCCGCCGUGGCGCGCUGCGCCGUCGGGCUGGCGCUGUUCGCGUGGGGGAUGCGGACGAACGUGGCGGCGGACAGGGAGCUCCUGCGGCUGAAGGAGGCCGGCGAAGGGUACCAGAUCCCGAGGGGCGGGCUGUUCGAGGCGGUGGCCUGCCCGAACUACCUCGGCGAGGCGGUGGAGUGGCUCGGGUACGCGGUGGUAGCGUGGUCGCCGGCGGGCUGGGCGUUCUUCCUCUACACCUGCGCCAACCUCGGGCCGAGGGCGCGGGACCACCGCCGGUGGUACGCCGCCAAGUUCGGCGACAAGUACCCGGCGUCGCGCAAGGCGUUCGUCCCGUACAUCUACUGACAGAUUACUACUCGUCUUCUUGUUGCUUCCCGUUGGAUUCGUGAUGCACAUGUGGUUCUCUUGAUUGAUUGCAAAUAACAAUGAGUCUUGUCGUU